AUGCCAAACUUGCUGAGAAUAGGCGCCUUCCACCAGGUCUGUCCAGAGAACCAUGCUGGCACCUCCUGCCAGGCGCAAAUCUCACGCCUGACGGGCAUGUUUACGUUGACGUCCUCGUUGUUGAACAUUCUCACUUUACCAUCUGGAGCGAUGCUGGACUACCUGGGUCCACGUGUGACGGCCGGAUCUUUUUGUUGUUUCGUCGCCCUGGGGUGUUGGCUCUUCUCGCUGGGUUCAGAUGUGAACUACUACGUUGGAUUCAUCCUCUUAGGAGUGAGUGGCCCCUACAUCUUCAACUGUACCCUAAGCUUCGGGAACUACUUCCCCGCACGCUCCGGGCUCAUCACCGCCAUCCUGGUCGGCUGCUUCGACGCGUCCUCGGGCGACUUUGCCGUUCUGAACUCCUUGAUCGACGCAGGCCUGGCCUUCUCGACGGCCUUUCGCCUGCUGGCGCUGCUGGCGCUGCUGUGCGCCGCGAGCACCUGCGCCUGGCCGGACCGGAAGGUGGACGAGGACGCCUCGCCAGAGGCGGAGCCUUUGAUGAAGCAGAGCUUGUGGAACGUCUGGAGCAGCACGGAGUUCUGGUUACUGACCUAUGCGGCCUCGGUGUCGAUGACCUCCAUCAACUUCUUCAUCGCCACGGCCUACCCGCAGAUGCUCUCGGUGGUGCCUUCGGAGUCGCACGCCGAAAGCCUGAACCGCGAGUUCUCCCGGUUGCUGCCCCUCGGAGGCAUCUUGUUUGCGCCCCUCAUUGGCACGGUGAUUGACAAGGUGGGGGAACCCCUGGGCUAUUUGAUCUUGCAGUGUGCCUAUGCAGCCUUUACUCUCCUCCUGGUGGCCUUCUUUGCCAUUGGCACUGGGACCACCGGAGAUGCUUUGGCGCGCGCGGGCUUCGUGUGCUUUGCCUUUUGUCGGCCGCUCUUGUACACUUUGAACCCCAUGAUCUGCGGGCGGCUUUUUGGGCAGGAGGUCUUCGGGAGGGUCUUUGGGCUGAUGAACACCAUCGCAGGAUUCUGCAACUUAAUGGUGCAACCACUGGCGGCUCUGGCACACCAGCAUGGCUUUCAGGGCAUCAACGUCAUACUGGGCGUCUUGCAGUUGUCCACAGCUGUACUUCCGAUCUGGAUUUUGUGUAGGUCGAAGCCAAAAUUAUCAAAUGCCCUUGGCUAUGGAAUUGCUUGA